CUUUCCUCGCUCACACCGAACAGUCAGUGGCGCUAAACUAAUGGUGGUGAGGAGUCAUCUCUAACAGCCGCACGUCUUCCAACGUUAGCUGAAGCCGAAGUCAGAAAAAAAAGCUGUUUGUUUGUUUGCUUCCUUGUGAACAAACAUGGGCCCGAAAAAAAGAGGAGCAAAGAAAAGGAAAAACGAGCAAGAUUCAGGAGCACAGAAGGAGGAAGAGGAGCCAGAGGAGAGAGGAGGCAAGAGGAGAAAGGAGGAUGGAAAUAAGAAGUAUAUUGGAGCUCAUGUUGGCAUUCAAGGUGGAAUUUGGAAAGCGGUGGAAGCCUGUGUGGAGAUCGGUGGGAGGAGUUUUGCUCUGUUUCUGGGUUCCCAGCGGUCAUGGAAGAGGCCUGCGCUGGACCAGACAGCUGCCGCCAAAUUUCAGGAGCACUGUUCCCUACAUGGGUUUGAUCCCGCUCACAUCCUUCCUCACGGGUCCUACCUGAUGAACUGUGGCUCUCCGAAAGAAGAUGUAUUUGAGAAGAGCCAGCUCCUGCUGGUGGAUGAGCUCAGCCGCUGCAGCCUGUUAGGCCUCAACCUCUACAACUUCCACCCGGGCUCAUCGCUGGGCUCCAUCACCACCGAGCAGUGCAUCGACAAGAUAGCAGGAGCUGUGAACCACGCCCACCAGCAAACACCAGCAGUGGUUACAGUGUUGGAAAACAUGAGCGGUCAGGGCAGCACGGUGGGCGGUAAAUUCUCUGAGCUGAAGGGCAUCAUAGACAAAGUGAGAGACCAGACAAGAGUAGGCGUGUGUCUGGAUACCUGCCAUGCCUUCGCAGCAGGCUACGACCUGGCCAAACCAGGAGGAGUGAAGGCUGUCUUGGACGAAUUUGAUCAAGAAGUGGGUCUUCACUAUCUCAAAGCGAUCCAUCUGAAUGAUUCCAAAGGCAAACUCGGCUGCCACCUCGAUCGCCAUGAAGACAUCGGGAAAGGUCACAUCGGAAUUGCUGCUUUCCGUGACAUCGUCAACGAGCCCAGACUUGACAACAUCCCUCUGAUCCUGGAGACGCCUGGACGGCCGGGGUUCGAGUACGCCGAACAGAUUCAGCUCCUCUAUUCCUUCAGUGAGAAAAAAUAAAUAAGACGACUCCAGACGAUAAAACAGCAGCUCAACAACAAAACAAAUGAAAUGUUUCAGCAAGUUUUCCUUACAAUCUCAUUUGUCUUUUACUGUGUACAGUUUAAUAAAAGCUGAUGAUUUAUGUUAAGUGA